AUGCUUACUCUCAAACUUUUUGUUUACACAGUAGUAAUAUUCUUUGUUUCUCUCUUCAUUUUCGGAUUCCUAUCGAAUGAUCCAGGACGUAAUCCUGGACGCGAAGAAUAA